AUGCACAAUGAGAAUGGGAAUCCCGUAGGCUCAAAUGGAGCCAACGGACGAAUUCCUCACCCUCUCUCGAAAUCUUCGACAGCCGAUCGUUCGAACGGAGAUCAGGUUCAGAUGCCCGCCGGCUUCAGUGCUGAUGCGGGAAACCACAGCAGACGCCGUAUUAACAUGCCGUCAAUCGACACGGCGGCGAUGCACCAGGAUAAUGGAAUGGCUUCCCCGGGAACUGGAUACGACAUGUUCACUCCUCUGCUUCCUUCUCAACUUCUACUUGGAUCCCCUUUCCAGCCAUCCCCGCAAUUUCAAAUGCACGGUGGCUUCACUCAACCCAACCCCGGCCCCCUUUCCCCAACCUUCGGAAUGACGCCUGGUGGACUGAGCUCACCUACGGGGUUUAAUCAACAAUUCGCCUCCUAUUACCAGCAGAGCGUGCAGACACCUACUUCUCCCAUGGCAGCCUCCCCCGGUAUGGUAGCUGGUACUUCCCGAACGGUUUAUCUGGGAAACAUCCCACCGGAGACCUCCGCCGAAGAAAUUCUCGGUCACGUGAGGUCUGGACAGAUUGAGUCAGUCCGCCUUUUGCCCGACAAGAACUGUGCUUUCAUUUCCUUCUUGGAUCCUGCCUCUGCUGCCCACUUCCAUUCAGAUGCUAUUCUGAAGAAGUUAUCUAUCAAGGGCCAGGAUGUCAAGGUUGGCUGGGGAAAGCCUUCACAAGUUCCAACCUCGGUUGCCCUUGCUGUUCAGCAGUCCGGUGCUUCCCGUAACGUAUACCUUGGUAACUUGGCCGAGGAUGUUACCGAGGAAGAACUUCGUGAAGAUCUCGGAAAGUUUGGUCCUAUUGAUACUAUCAAACUCGUUCGGGAAAAAGCUAUUGGCUUUGUCCAUUUCCUCUCCAUCGGGAAUGCGAUCAAAGCUGUAAACCAGCUUCCCCAAGAGCUGAAAUGGCAGACACCACGUAGAGUGUACUACGGAAAAGAUCGUUGUGCAUACGUGUCAAAGACACAGCAGCAAAAUGCCGCGCAAUAUCUCGGAAUUGCUCCGGGCUUUUCGAACAUCCUCAAUGGCGCUGAUAGAGAGAUGAUUUCCUCUGCUCUUGCUCAACAGUCUGUUGCAGCUGCUGCAGUUGCUACAUCAGCUGGGGGGCCCAACAAUCUUGGAAACAGGACUGUAUACCUUGGUAAUAUUCACCCGGAGACUACCAUCGAGGAGAUUUGUAAUGUUGUUCGUGGGGGGCUUUUACACCACAUUCGGUACAUUCCUGACAAGCAUAUUUGCUUCGUAACAUUUAUCGAUCCUACUGCUGCCGCUAGCUUUUACGCCUUGUCGAAUCUGCAGGGGUUAAUGAUUCAUAAUCGCCGUCUCAAGAUUGGCUGGGGUAAACAUUCAGGUGCUCUUCCACCUGCAAUUGCUCUUGCUGUUUCCGGGGGUGCAAGCAGAAAUGUCUAUGUUGGGAAUCUUGACGAGUCGUGGAGCGAAGAGAGGCUCCGUCAAGAUUUUCAGGAGUAUGGUGACAUUGAGCUUGUCAACGCACUUCGGGAGAAGAGCUGCGCAUUUGUCAACUUCACCAAUAUCGCAAAUGCAAUUAAAGCGAUUGAAGCAAUGAGAAGCCGUGACGAGUACAAGCGAUUCAAAAUCAACUUUGGGAAGGAUCGAUGCGGAAACCCUCCAAGGCAAAGCACUGGUAACCAAGCAGGCACACCUACAUCUGCAACCCACCCCCCAAUGCCCAGCUCCAGCCCAGUCAAUGGUGGUCUUCAGCCUGGAUCACAGUCGGGGUCUGGUGGAAGCCCUGCCCAGCUCAGCCCGUCCGGUAUGCCGAGCUCAAACAGCCCCAACAUGCUCGGAACACCGACAACCCCGAAUAGCAUGCAGCAGCUCAUGAACAACGUCGCUGCAAACCCUCUUCAGGCGUACUUGGUUCAGCAGCAGCAACAGCAGAACGAUGCCAUGUAUGCAUCGUCGCUGCAACAACAGAUCGCCGCUGCUCAGGCCGCCGCGGCGUAUGGUCAGCAAAACCAGAUGGAUCCUUCUGGACAAGUGCCUACACAAGCCGUCGACAACAUGGGCCAGAAUGGUCAAAACAUCAAUGGACUCGGGCUCGCGGGCCUUGGAAUGCAGAACCAGAAUCUACGGAUUGGCGGGCAGCACAACCGUGCCUUGAGUAUGCCUGUCUUGAGUCCUCAACAGGGACAAAACGGACUUGGAAUGAAUGGAUAUAAUAAUGGGAUGAACAACGGUAUGGGUGGUUGGGCUGAACAGGAUGAGGGCAUGCAUUAG